AUGCCUCACACUAGACGGUACUCGUCUUCGGAAAGAAACAGCCGAAGCAGCUACCAUGACCGUUACAGAGACAGAGGUCGACGUCAUCGGCACAGACGAUCACCUACCAACUCAUCAAGUAGUGACAGAGAAAGAGACCGAGACAGAAGGGGACGGGGGCACAGACAAGAAGGAAGCUACGCACGCUCAAGGAGUCGCAGUUAUGACAAUCGCUCACUGGAACAUCGACCAUUUGAUCGAAGAUACUGCGAUGGAUACAGACGGCUGGAUCAGAGUCGAGAACGGGACCGGGAGCCACACGGAGCGGCUGAAAGCUAUUAUCCACGGGAUUUCUCCCCAAACAUGUACGACUACCGACGUGGCCGGGAGAGAGAACGUGAACGCGACGAGUCUUACCGCCGGAAAGGCAGCAGGCGUAAGCACAAACGAAGGCGGCGUAGAACCAGGUCCUAUAGCCCAUCAUCCUCGCGGAGCGACAGCCGGACGAGGGCACUGAGUGUGAGGGACGACGAGGAAGGGCACCUGAUCUGUCGGAGUGGGGACGUCCUGCAAGAGAGAUAUGAGAUUGUCAGUACUCUUGGGGAAGGCACCUUUGGGAGGGUGAUGCAGUGUGUGGACCACCGCAGGGGUGGAGCCCGUGUAGCUCUGAAAAUUAUCAAGAAUGUGGAGAAAUACAAGGAAGCAGCUCGAUUGGAGAUUAAUGUGCUGGAGAAGAUAAAUGACAAAGACCCAGAUAACAAAUUCUUGUGUGUACAGAUGUAUGACUGGUUCGACUACCACGGUCACAUGUGCAUCUCGUUUGAGCUGCUAGCUCUGAGCACCUUUGACUUCCUAAAGGAAAACAACUACCUGCCCUAUUCAAUUGGUCAGGUCAGACACAUGGCCUACCAAGUCUGUCUUGCUGUGAAAUUUCUCCAUGACAAUAAGCUGACACACACCGACCUAAAGCCAGAGAACAUCCUGUUUGUCAACUCAGACUUCACCAUGUCCUACAAUGUAGAGAAGUUGUUUGUCCCACAGAAACGAGAAGAGCGGACUGUGAAGAGCACAGCGGUGCGAGUGGUGGACUUCGGCAGUGCCACUUUUGACCACGAACACCACAGUACCAUUGUGUCUACACGGCACUACCGCGCCCCUGAGGUCAUACUAGAACUGGGCUGGAGUCAUCCCUGUGAUGUGUGGAGUAUUGGCUGCAUCCUCUUUGAGUACUACCUAGGGUUCACCUUGUUUCAGACGCAUGACAACAGGGAACAUUUGGCCAUGAUGGAAAGAAUCCUGGGACCAGUGCCCUCUAGGAUGAUUCGCAAGACAAGGAAACAGAAAUAUUUCUACCGUGGCCGUCUGGAUUGGGAUGAGAGUUCCUCAGCGGGGAAAUAUGUCCGAGAAAACUGCAAACCCCUGCGGCGGUAUCUGCUGUCAGAGGCAGAGGAGCACCACCAAUUAUUUGACCUCAUCGAAAGCAUGCUGGAGUAUGAGCCCUCUAAGAGGCUGGUGCUGGCUGACUCUUUAAAACACCCCUUCUUUGAGAACGGCGGCAUUGGCGAGGCGGCGAGCAGCAAGACCUGGGAGGGGAACCGGGACAUUAGUCGGUGACCCACAAGCCUGCAAAGACUGACUGAUCGAGGAGAUCAAAUCCUUUCCACGUGGAGCAGCUCAGUCGUUCAAUAAAGUGGAAGAGAUUUCCCGCCGUUUGUCAUGAAAGCAUGGACACCAUAAGCUCCUGCUCAGCCACCCUCCCCCCCUCUGACAUCCACCUCUGCAGCCACAGGAGGCAUGUUUUUGCAGUGGAGACCAAAAUAACCUACAGACGACUGGAGAAGAGUCAUGAAUCUUUUCAAGUGGUAAAGCCUAUUUACGAGCUGAAAAGUCUUAGAUGGAAAAUUAUUUAUACUUCAAGUAGCUCUCUAUGCAGCUCCUGUCUUCCUUUCGACUUCUCGCCACCUUCCUCCCUUCCGUCCGACUGCUUUUUAUCUUCAUCAGCAUGUGAAAUAGAUGUAACCCUCUUAAAGGAAAUGAGCACUAUUACAGUCGGUCAACAAAAACGACACAUCAAAAAAAAAAAGUUUGGGAGAAGAAAUGUCUUCCAACUCUGAGGUCAAGCAUAAAAGGAGGAGCUGUAUAUGCAGCACAACUUCUCACCCGAGUCGUUUUAAUUAUGGUGAAAUGCAAAGUAUUCUCUAAGAUCAAGUCAGUAAAAUUGAAUGUCUCGUUUCCUUAGAAAUUGCAGCGCAUUUCCAGCCUAGACGAGGGUCUGACAUUUUUGUUACAGUUAUGUUGAGCACUCGAACUGCAAAUAAUUUCCCCCCCUUUUUUUUUUUUUUUUUUGUUUUCUGUGUAAAACUUUCCCUCUAUGAUGACUCUUGAUUCUGCGGUCGCUCUUAUUUGCCAGUGAGAUGACGGUGAUGGACACUCCACUCACACAGGCCUCUCUGUAGCCUGACUUAUUGAUGAAUAUACAUGUUUGUUAUGUUAUGCGAUGUUUUCUAAGUGUGAGUGUGUGUGUGUGAGUGUGUUUGUAUGUGCAGGAAUGUGAAUGGAGUGGGUGACUAGUUCAUGUUCUACUCACUAGUUUAGCUGAGCGUCAGUCAUGGCACCAUUUUCAUACUUUUAAACCCAAACUGAAAAGCUGCCUUUUCUUUUGAUAUCAUCAGACCCGAAGUCUCCACAUCAAGAUUAAGCACAGAUCCUGUUGAUGGUAUUUAUUUUUGAGUUCUAAUAGGUCAUAGUCCCCACUCCUUACCUGUACAUUACUUUUUUGUAUGAGAUUAUUAAAGCGUAUAAAACUGUAUAUAUGUAUUAUUGUGUAGAAUUAAAGAUCUCUUGCCAAAGGCUAAUGCUGCUCUCGGUGACAUUUUGGGCCUCUGGUGGCUGAAGAGAGGUGUUCUGUCUUUAAAUACUCGCUGUGUCUGAGUCCAUCUCUUACCUAACCAACUUAUACCUUUACUGAGAUGCUUAAAGACAGAAGAAAGACUGACCGAAGUGAAUCGUAUGACUCGGUAUUUAUUGUAAAUUCAUAUUUUCUUGUUGUUUUUCUAGACUUUUUGUCUAACUGUGACAGUUGCUCACACAGGUACUUUACGCUUUAUAUAAUGGUGCCCUUUUUUCUUUUCUUUUUUUCCUAUCUCGUAUGUUUUCUAAACUCAUUUGUAUUUCAUUCCCUUCCAAAACUCAGAGCAGCUGUCACCGUGUCACGCUCCAGUGACAGACGAGUGGAUCAUCUGUCCCAGCAGGUGUCCAGAAGCAAGGCUGGGCAGACUUCCCUCAUCUUUUCGAUUGCAGCGAUCCAAAAGUUUUCGCAACGCACGCUCUUCGUGAGCUGAGCCGAGACAGGAGUGAGCGGACCCGCAUGCUGAGCUCCCCACAGAGCCGGCAGAGAACCGUCUGACCAAGCCGCCAACGCCCGCCGCCGCAAAUGGACUCCCUCAUGUCGCUGGGGGCCCCCCUCAAGCAGUUCACCAGCUGCGUGUCCGGAAAGAAGGCCUCCGCCAAGAGAGGGGGGAAGAGGAGCCAGUCGGUCCGCAGGUCCAGCUUCACCCGCAGGAAGAGCGUCGGCCGGAGGAGAAGCCUGCCCUGCAGCAGCCCCAAGGUCCCGGACUCCUGGCUCAGAGCCUACCAGGACGACCUGAAGAAAGAGAGGAAACGUCAGCAAGCCGUCCUGGCCAAGAAGAACGCCGAGCGGACGGUCAGACAGACCCACUUCAGGAGCCACCACUGCCUCCCGAAGCACACCGGCGCCUCAAGAAAACCCAUGUCAGCCAAAGACGAUUCCUUCUUUGGAGCCUUUCAGGGGCUCAGUCUGGACGGACUUAUGGGAGGCACAGGCGGAGCUCCUGCUGCAGGUGGAGAUCAGUGCAAAGUCAUGUGAGCCGGACCGCUUAAGGACAAUCAGAUGCUGCUGGUUUCCCUUCUAACGAAACUCAAUAAAAGUGAUAUGACUUCUCACCGUAUCCCCCCAGACAAUGGAAACCUCUUUUAUCUGAUCUGCUCCAAUGUCUUUGCUGUUUUUUAUACUUUUGAAUAGCCGUUGCAGUGUCUGUACU